CUCGUUUUCGCCAGCUUGACGCUGCAGUGACCACAGUCAGAAAGCAGAUGAGCCUCUAAACCAGAAUGACAACUUUAAACUCUUCUCUUCGCUUCUGCUCCAACCAGUGAGUUGACCUCCACCCGCAGGAGGCUCCGGGAGAUGUUCCCCUUCGUGGAGGACAGUUUCAGCCGCUUCCCGUCGCAGAGCAACAUCUACGGGCUGUGUCAGGCCGGGGAGCAGCAGCUGCUGACGGCCACACUCAAAGGGAAGGUGGUGUGUUUCAGAUACCAGGAGCUGCAGCUCAAAGGCAGACCUGUGGCCAAAGAGGUGCAGUUCACAUACAUACCAGUUGAUGCAGAAAUUGUAUCAAUUGACGCCUUCACCAAAUCUCCACCCAACAGAGGCCUGGUGGUGGGCAUCACGUUUAUAAAGGACUCUGGGGACAAAGCCACUCCGUUCCUGAAUAUCUACUGUGACUAUGAGCCCGGCUCAGAGUUCAACCUGGAUUCCAUUGCACAAAGUUGUCUGAAUCUGGAGCUGCAGUUCACGCCCUUCCAGCUGUACCACACAGAGGUGCAGUGUGACGAUGGCAGCAGCGAGACGGUGUUUCUACUCAGUGGCCAUGACCAGAGGAUCCACCUGUACAAGGAGAACGCCUCCCUCCAUCAGUUUGAAGAGCAGCCAGUGGAGAGACUCUUCCCUGAACUACAACAACUGCCCAGCAAUGUGCUGUGGAUGGACAUGUUGAGUAUAGCUUGCAACAGGAGGAUCUCAGCGUUUGGCUGUCAGAACGGCUGCGUUGGACUGGCUCUGGUGAAUCAGACUGGGCCAGAGGUUUUGCAGAGCUGGCGGGUCCAGUUUGACAGUCCGGUCUCUACAGUGCUGCUGUUUCCUCUGAGAUGCCAAACUGAGCCCAGCCACACCAGCGAAGAGACAAGUGUGGAAAUGGAGGGCUACAACCUUCUGGUAACCAGUACCAUUGAGAUGGCAGUUGUCUACAGAGAUGUCCAGGAGUUUGGUUUAUCUCGCUCCACCUAUCUCUCAGAAAGUGACCAGUGGGACGCAGUGGUCUGCGCUCUAGUCAUUGACCUGGAUUUUGACGGGCAGAAGGAGGUGCUGUUGGGAACAUACGGACAGGAACUUCUGUGCUACAAAUUUCAUCCGAUGGGGAGCAGACAGUUUCAGCUGCUGUGGCGGCGGAGCUUCAAGAGUCCUUUGCUGUCCAUCAUCUACAUAGACUUGACUGGGGACGGUCUGAAAGAGCUGGCUGUCCUCACACUAAAGGGGCUGCAUAUCUUACAGCAUAGUCUCGCCUGCACUGCUGAUUUUGUCCUGGAGCGUCUCAGCCAAAGGGUGUCGGCACUGACAGCUGGCUCUGAGCUGGAGUCAGCCCAAGCUCCAGACAUCGAGGAGAGAGAUGAUCAAUCUAAGGACGAAGAGUGUGCGGCUCCCUCACCAUCAGAAUAAGCAGAACACAGCAGUUAUUUCCAUGUGUCAUGUGUAUAACCUCCGUGGUUCAGACUGAAGUAUGUGCCUUGUAUUGUCAGCCGUGUGUGUGCGUGUGUGAAAAGUUAAACUUAGCUGUGAGGACAGACACUUGGAGAACCAAAUCACAAACACCUUUCAAAAUAGUGAAAGUCUGCUUAUCGGUUUCAUAGUGGAUUCAAGAAGAAUUCAAAUCAAACGAGUUCACUGUAACUGUAUGUAAUGAUAUAAUAGAAAUAUGUGCUGUAGAUGGUGUACAGUAAUUUGCUGAUAAUAAAGGACACAUUUGUAUCCAUA